GUUGUUUCUAAUCAAUAUAUAAUGAUGAGAUUUGAGAAUGCAAUUGAUUAUUUUGAACAAACAUCAUUACAAAAAGAUAGGAAUCUUGACCCUGAUGAGUUAUCUCAAUUUGUUUCUAAUAAACAAAUAAUAAUAGAAUUUGAGGUGGAGGCUAAUUAUUUUGAACAAAUAUCAUUACAAAGAAAAGAUCAGAGUAUUGACUUUGAUGAAUAUCUGUAUGUGCAACAUAUUCCUAAUCAACAUAUAACAGUGAAAUUUGAGAAGAUGUUUGAUAAAUUAGAACCAAUCUUGUUACAAAGAGAAGAAAAAGAAGAUUUGUCUAUUGAUUUUAAUAA